AUGACAGAGGUCCGAAUUGUUCCACGCGAUCCCACUUAUCAUUUCAUUGCCAAUGAUUCAAAUUUUACCAAUUCGAAAACUGCCUAUCGCACCACAUUUUCUACACCUAAUGGAGGUUCUCGGCUUUCUACCCUUGCUCAGAGGUUUCGUGAGAACUGGCUAAAAUGUAAUCCGUCGUUUCGCGACACUGAUGAUUCCUUAACGAACCUGACCUGGUUGUUCGAUAUGAGCCCCUUUUCGCUGGAAUCCGACGGUCUUGGCCCAAACAAGGGUAACAAGUUCGUCGUCGACCGCCCAACAGUCUUCACUAACGCUAAAAUAUCCUGGCAUCCAACACACCCGUAUGCAGGUAGUUUACUGGAUCCCCAGGUUAGAAUGGAUUAUCGAACAAAAUGGACAGGGAAGCCUCCAUUUUCUUAUGCUUCUUUGAUUUGUCUGGCCAUGAGGGAAUUGGGGAAACCUAAGGUUACGCUUUCUGAUAUUUAUGGCUGGAUCAUGGCCAAUUUCGCAUACUAUCGCCAUACAGAUUCUAGCUGGCAGAAUUCCGUGCGGCACAAUCUUUCUUUAAAUAAAUGUUUUGAGAAAGUACCUCGCGAGAAAGGCGAACGGGGAAAAGGUGGGUUCUGGAGAGUAAAUCCACGACAUGCUGACUGGUUGGAAGCUAACUUGGCCAAAUGUCGUCGAGCCGCACCGCCUCCAGGGCCCCCACCCCCGAUUCCGCGGUCUCUUCUCCUUGAAAAACAGCAGGAACAGCAGCAGCAACAACAACAACUGCAGCAUACCCAUCAGCCACAGCACCCUAGAGAUAGCAUCUACCUCACUUUUUCACCAACCUCUUCACAACCGACACCAGUACCUCAACAGCCACAAUCACAACAGCAUCAUGCUUCAACACUUAUCUGUUAUCAGUCGGUCAAUAUACCUCCUGAUGUAUCAAAUGAGAUAGAGACAGUUACUAUUAAAGCAACAUCCGAGGCUUUUCAACAGCACCAGUCACAGCCACAAGUGCAACCACACGUGCGUCGAAGAAAGACACCGCCUUGUUCGAUGUAUCCACCUGGCGAUAAGUUCGACGGGGAACCGGAUUUGGUAGAGGUAAUUCGUAAACCUCCUCCAUAUCCCGCUUUUUCAAAUCGAAAGAGGCUGGCUCUGGCGGCAUCUGCUCCUCGUCAGCGAAAUUCUACGUGGUCUCAGUCUUUGGGUGUCAAAAGAGACGUGACACGAACCAGUAUAGGCGAUGAGAAUGGGUAUUACGACCAAAAGUCAUGGAAAUCGGAAGAGUCAGGGUCCAGAUUGUCUCACUUGCAGUCUGCCUCUUCGUUUGCGACACGGAAGAGACGUAAUCUCGUAAUGGACACUUAUGAGCCUUUUUAUUUACCUCAAGCUGGUAGACAACAAUCCACAACAAUGAUGGACACUUAUGAGCAAAAACUUCUGACAAAUGGAGCUUCCGCUUACACGUUCACGACCACCUCUGAAGGCUUAAAACGCCGCGUAGAGACGCAAAUGAGGCAGAAUUUGUCGGAGGAACAGACACCUCUUUUACCAGAUCACAUUAGUCUACCCUGUUUGGAUUCACUUCCUAGCAUUGCUGAGGAGCAAGAUAAUAUGGAAACAAAUACCACUACUGCAGAGUCAUGGAAGGAAGACUUUUUCGAUUUCCCCGGUGUCUUACCAUGGCAGACUGUAUCAGCAGCAGAAGAGCGUCCUAACCUCACAGUGGAGUGCAACACACCGGACCUAGAACCCACUAGUCACACAGUCCAGUCCUCAUCUUCCUCUAGUCCGAGUCCUCUGGCUUCUUUUGCUUCCUUUGGACAGUCAGCGGCUAGUUCAACCUCCUCAAAUACAGAUUCAGGCGUUGCAUCUUUGGUGAAUCCUUCCGAUGGUCUAGAUCUUGGUCCACUUGAUCUGGAUUUCGAUACAGUCUCAUCUGCUCUCAAUGACCUUGUCGAAUCAAACAAUUGUGCCAUUCCACCAAUUGACGUAGACUUUGCCGAACUGGGCGAUUCUAUGCCAAAGUCACUUCAAACGCCACCGGUAUCAUCGGCGUCCAUGUUUGGUGCACAAUCAGAAGGUCGCGAUUUCAACGAAUCUUCCUGGAAUUUCGACAUCAAUAAUGGUGUCAGUGAAGGUGAAUUCUUUGAUAAUGGCCUUGCCCUAACCUAG